CAUCAAUUGGACUGGACGAGAUCUUGAUUUUGCAGCGACACAAAUGCGUGUGUAGAUGAUCUCGAGAGAUUUAACAGAGUCAUGGAUCUAACGAAAAGAACUCUCAACAUUAUCAACAAGACCGCUUGUCUAGUGUUAUUGCUGUUCGGGAUUUGGAUAUGUCUGGGUGGCUUAUUGUUGCUGCUUAAAUACAGAUAUACGGGUGUGUUUUUUAGCAGUUGCUAUAUAGAUCUGCCUGUUCUGCUGGCUGUUAUCAGUGGAGUUCUCCUCCUCAUCGGUGGAAGCAUUGGCUGUGUGUUGUCACACAUCGACUCCUCAUGUUUACAAGCUCUGUUUGUGUAUUUCCUUAUUGUUGUGUGUUGUUCUGUGAGUACUGCUACAGCGUUGGCUUACUUCCAUAUAGGCAAGCUUGAUGUGGACUUGGCACCUCUUAAAGAUGUGUUUCAAUACUACAGUGGUAACAGCCAUGAUCCUGAUGACCGGGCAGUGAAUGCCCUACAAAGUGAGCUGCAAUGUUGCGGUGUAACAAAUUACACAGACUGGAUGGAUACACCUUGGUUUAAUCACAGUGGGAAAUAUGAGGUUCCUCAUAGCUGCUGCAAUAAAACCUUUCACAUCUGCAAUGGGACUAUAAACUCACCCCAACUUCUCUAUAAUGAGGGAUGUCAGAUUAAAUUUAAGGAUAAAUUACACCUGGUCCUUGUGGUCAUUAUGUUAACAUCUUUUGGGCUUAUCUUAACACUGAUAUUUUCUGCAAUAAGUGUGGGACAUCUAAUGAAACAUCACCCCCCACAGGAAUACCAAAUCCUCGAUCAACAAUAAAUUCUUGAGAUAAAAUGAAAAUGUAGUUCUCUUUUCUUCUAAAUGCUACAUCGUUCUUAUGUGUAUUUUAUUGUACUGUGCGUCUACAGGUUUUUAUUUGUUAGGGCCAAACGUCCUCCAUAAUAAAGUGAAUUUACA